AACGCGUCGAACGGAAGCGAGCCGAUGCGCACAUCUCGCCGCAUCCCGUUUCUCUCCUCAGCCAAUCGCCUCCGACCUCCGACCAACGGACCUCCAUAGAACUCCCUCAGUCUCGAACUGGCGGCCGACCCGAGCAGACGUGCGCUCGGUCAGUUAUCCAACUACUCGCGAGCUUUCGAAUAUCUUACCUGUGGAUUGUCAGUGACAUGUGCUCAUAAGAAACCUUUUGUGUGUGACCUCUGGAUUCCCCCAAAAAUCAAUUUUCCCAACUCAUCCUCAAUCACACCAGGGUAUAAAUCAAGGUAUCGCAUCGGGAUCGUCGUCGGUUAUAUCGAUUUUGUCGGUCAGGAGUCCGUGCUGGAAUAAAAAGAUCUCAAUUUCAAGAACAUGGACGAGAAAUGUCGACUGAGUCGGAAAUGAAACAGAAAACUAGGAAGAAAAUUGUAAAACUUUGGCGCGGCGAGACGACGUUAUAGCCGGGCACCUUCUUAAAGCCAUGUGAAGUGAAGGGGUCCCAAAGAAACUGUCAUAUCCAAAAGGCAUAUCGUGCGACAAUCUGACUAAAGACAUAUCUUUUUAUUUAUGCUAGUCACCUUUUUGUGAUAGUUAAAAAAAUUGCUCAAAUUGAACUCUAAGCUAAAAAAAGAGAUGUUGAGAUUGUAACUGACGAUAUUGAGAAAGUUGUAAACGAAGUUGAAGAUAAUGAAAUUCACGAUGGUUUUCUUAAGACGGAGGACGUUGAUUUUGAAGGCCGUGCUGGUGUUGACGGCGGUGUGGUUCAUGGUUGCUUUGUUGACCACAAAUGGUGGGACACGGAACGCUAUUGGCGCUCCGCCGAUUGAGUACGAAGAUCCGGAGGCGAAGCCGUUAAAGAUGGCAAAGCCGACGUCUACGAAACGAAAGAGCGAAUCGUAUGGCAACAAUCUGUCUGACGAACAUCGUGCUGUCAAUUGGAUCGAUCGGAUAUCUGGUUUUGAAGGCCUAGGUGUACUAGCUGCCCCUGGCUCGGACAAUGCUCCCGGCGAACUCGGCAAACCGGUCGUGCUACCCAAGAAUAUAAGCGAGGAUACGAAGACAGCCGUCUCUGAGGGAUGGAAAAAGAACGCUUUCAAUCAGUAUGUCAGCGACCUCAUAUCGAUCCGGAGGAAACUGCCCGACCCCAGGGACGAGUGGUGUAAACUCCCGGGUCGAUAUCUAAGCAACCUUCCGCAGACGUCUGUGGUGAUCUGUUUCCACAAUGAAGCGUGGUCUGUACUGCUCAGGACGGUGCACUCCGUUUUGGACAGGUCACCUGCUCAUCUGAUAAAGGAAAUCAUCCUCGUCGAUGACUUUUCUGAUAUGCCACAUCUGAUGCAGCAAUUAGAUGAUUACAUGUCCUCGCUGCCGAAAGUUAGGAUAGUGAGGGCGGCGCGGCGGGAAGGACUCAUUAGAGCUAGAUUGCUCGGGGCACGAUACGUUACCGCUCCUGUUCUAACGUAUCUAGAUAGCCACUGCGAGUGCACAGAGGGUUGGCUUGAACCGCUGCUGGACAGAAUUGCACGAAACAAAACAACAGUGGUUUGCCCCGUCAUCGAUGUGAUCGAUGAUAACACAUUAGAGUAUCAUUAUAGAGACUCAUCAUCAGUCAAUGUAGGUGGGUUUGACUGGAACCUGCAGUUCAAUUGGCACCCCGUACCAUCAAGAGAGCGAGCGAGACACCAACAUACGGCAGAGCCGGUCUGGUCUCCGACUAUGGCUGGUGGUCUCUUCGCCAUAGACAAGGAGUUCUUUGAGAAGCUGGGAACGUAUGACAGUGGCUUCGAUAUCUGGGGUGGGGAGAAUCUAGAACUUUCCUUCAAGACGUGGAUGUGCGGUGGAACGCUUGAAAUUGUUCCGUGUUCGCACGUCGGUCAUAUCUUCAGGAAGCGUUCGCCCUACAAGUGGCGAACUGGUGUGAAUGUAUUGAAGAAGAAUUCCGUGCGGUUAGCUGAGGUUUGGCUGGAUGACUACGCAAAGUAUUACUAUCAGCGUGUAGGUAAUGACAAAGGAAACUAUGGAGACGUAAGUGGCAGGAAGGCGCUGAGGGAGAAGCUUGGUUGCAAAUCUUUUGAAUGGUACUUGAAGAAUAUCUAUCCUGAACUCUUCAUUCCUGGAGAAUCAGUCGCUCAUGGCGAGAUCGCGAACCCAUGGUCGGAUAUGUGCAUCGACUCCGCGGCCGGCCCCGAAGACAUGAAGAAGUCAGUCAACGUUUGGCCUUGCCACGGGGAGUACGGAAACCAGUACUGGAUGUAUUCCAAGAAUGGUGAGAUCAGGCGUGACGAAACGUGUCUGGAUUAUUCUGGACAUGAUGUGGUCCUGUACCCUUGCCACGGCGCCAAAGGCAACCAGCUGUGGUUGUAUGACCCUAUUACGAAGCUCCUGAAGCACGGCUCCAGCGAGAAGUGCAUGGCGAUAUCCCCCAAUAAGGACAAAGUGGUGAUGGAGACGUGCAACGAGUCCGAAACCCGUCAGAUGUGGAACAUGGAGAACUUCAACCCUGACAGACUGACCCCAGAGCUAACGGCCGAGUAGCCGGAGGCCUACGAUGAGGUCCUCUUCAUAUAAUACGAGAGAAAGACUCAUUUGAAAUUACCAAACUCGAAGUGAAGUGAAGUGACUUGUGAGUUUCUACAAAUAUUUUUUUCGGAUAAAACGUCUUUGUGCUGAUGUGGUGACGACGCGUUUCACUGCGCUGGUACGUAGGGUAAACGGUAGUGGGAGUUUUGUAAAUGUUGAUGCUCCCACAGUUUUGAAAUUUUUUGUAGAGUUAAAUGAAAUCAAGAAAAAAAUCAGGCUUUUAAAAAGUAUAGUUGUGACCACUAUUUACCACCUGUGUGUAAGACGCUUUACAAGAGGCCAUGUAUGUAAUAAGGUUGUUACUGAAGAUUGAAACUUAGUUGAUGAAGGUAAUUUUAAAAUGCUUGUGUGUGUAGAUAUAAAUGGGGGUAGCUGAAAACUUAUUGAAUCACUUAAUGACCCCACUAUGGGCCUAAGUUUCAGAACUGAUUUUGAUGAUAAUAGAAAAACCCAAUAGUUCGACUUGCCUGUAUAAGUUCAAUGAAGUAGGACUGUAUAUUAUUUUUGAAAUAGUUUUAGCUUCACUUGAAAUCUAUAGUUUUAAAUUGUAUUUUGUUUUAUUUCAUUUGAGAAUUAUAUACCUUGUUUUCAUUUGGUAUUUUUAAAGUAGCUCAAACAAAUAAAUUUAAUUUUAAAUUGUAUUGUAUACCUAGUUAUUUUUUAGUCUUAAAAAUUUAAAAUUAAAUUUUAUUGAAAUUGACAUGACGAAUUUAAAAUUUAUUGUUUUGUUUUGUUUCAUUUGUCUAAGAUUUUAUUUUUAUAGCGUUUAUGCAAGGUUCUAAAAUAAUAAUCAUAUCUUUGUUGUAUAUUUUAACGUAUGUUUAUGAGAAAAAGUUUAGGAAACAUCACGUAAUAGUAUUUUUGUGAAGUAUUAAACACUUGUUUACUAUUAUUAAAUACUUCCCCUUGUACAUAUCCAAUCGUAUUAAAAUACAUAUUUGUCAGUAAAUCUUUUAUAAUAUCAUAUUUAUUACAGCUAAUAUUAAUAAUGCGGAUAAAGACUAGCUUUUACACAAUUAUUGUGAUUUAUUUAAAUUAGGUGAUAAAAUAGUCAUUCGGACAUAGUUGUUAGAAAAUUAAACUAGUUAAAUGUAUGUACAUUUAUAAAUAGAUAGUGAUAAAAAUUUUAGAAAUCUGUUCGUUAUGGAAAACCUAUUGAACAUAUUUUUUAUAUGACACACAGAAUUACAUGUGGGAUAGUUUGUUUAUUUUCAUUUCACACAUAAAAUGGAAUUUACGAAACUGUAAAAUUUUAAGUUAAAUUUCUGGUAGUUUCUUCCAAAUGUGACAAAGUUUUCUGUAUAAGUUCACACGUAAACAUCAAAAUCUAAAAUUAAUUAAUCUUACAUCACGGUUUUCUAAAACCAAUUUACUAUAAAUAAAUAUGUAAGUAAAUAUAGAAUUGAGUACCUACCAGUACCAGCAUGUUCACUUAAAACAUUCCAAUGUGUGAUCUAAUUUAAAUAUAAAAUGUAUCAUAGAUUUAAAAGUAACUAUU